AUGGCUUCGGAAGAUGGUGUUGUGUUUUGUGUUCCGGAGUUUCCUUCCCAUGUAUUUUCCUGCUUAAAUGUCCUAAGAAGCGAAGGAAAACUGUGUGACAUUACCCUAAUAGUAGGAGAACAACGAGUAAAAUGCCACCGCGUUGUUUUAGCGGCCGCGAGUCUAUAUUUUAAUGCCAUGUUUACGGGCGACAUGCUGGAAAGUCGACUCGACGAAGUCACCAUUCAUGGAGUUGAAUUUUCAGCUUUGGAAGAAGUUAUUAAUUUCUGUUAUUCAGGGAGGACAGAGAUUACAGUUGACAAUGUACAGAACUUAAUGUGUGCUUCUAAUUUGCUUCAGUUAACUAGUGUAAAGCAGGCGUGUGUUGAGUUCCUUCACCGAGUUCUUCAUCCUAGUAAUUGUCUAGGCAUUAGAAGUUUUGCUGAUACUUUUUGCUGCGGUGAUCUCGUUGAAGCUGCCGGUGUUUUCGCCAUGAAGAAUUUCUCAGACGUAUCUAAGAGUGAAGAGUUUCUAAGGCUCGAUCCAGAUGAACUACUUGCUUUGAUCUCAAGUGAUGAGCUAAAUGUUCGUACAGAAGAGGAAGUCUUUGAAGCUGUGUUAUCAUGGACCCAGAAAGAAGUGGACGAAAGGAAAGACUUUCUACCUGAGCUCCUUAAAAACGUUCGCCUACCUCUGAUUAGACCACAGUACCUGUGUGACCAUAUUGCCGCUAAUGAUCUCGUGAAAAACAACUUUUCCUGUAGAGAUCUGGUUGAUGAAGCUAAAGACUUCCUCUUGUUGCCAGAAAGACGUUCAAUCCUACAGUCACCAAGGACCCGACCAAGAAAGUGCAGCGAAGCAGCUGGGAUUAUAUUUGCUAUUGGGGGGCUUAAUUCCUCUGGGGAAGCUUUAUCUACAGUUGAGACAUAUGAUCCAAUAACAGGACAGUGGUCUCCUGCAGAUGGAAUGAAUUCCUUAAGAACAAGAGUGGGUGUUGCUGUUCUAGGGAUGAAACUAUAUGCCCUAGGAGGGUUUGAUGGCCACAGAAGGCUGAGUACAGUCGAGCAUUAUGACCCUUUAGUUGGAAAAUGGAUCCCGACCACACCCAUGAAUACCCGCCGCAGUGCCCUUGGUGCAACUGUUAUGAAUGACAAGAUAUAUGUUGUUGGAGGCUAUGAUGGGCACAUCUCUCUGAGCACCAUGGAAUGUUAUUCACCCAAGACAAAUACUUGGAGUUUCCUCACCUCUAUGAGUACACUACGUAGUGCGUCAGGUGUAACUGAACUGAACGGCAAGUUGUAUGUCAUUGGUGGGCAUAAUGGACUCUCUAUUUUCAAUACAGUUGAGAUAUAUGACCCUCAGACAAAUAAAUGGAGUGUUGGUCAAUCCAUGAACAUGAGGCGAUGCCGAGUGGGCGUGUCCAUACUUAAUGGUUGUAUAUAUGUCUGUGGUGGAUAUGAUGGAAGUGCCUUUCUUAACACUGUUGAGUGUUAUGAUCCAAACACUGGACAAUGGAAAUUAACUACACCAAUGAAAAGUCGACGUAGUCGAGUGUCUGUGGUAACCCUUGGUGGACGAUUGUAUGCUAUUGGAGGGUAUGAUGGACUGACCAACCUAAACACAGUUGAAUGUUAUGAUCCUCAGGCAGACAAAUGGACAUUUGUAACUCCAAUGUGCAAGCACCAGGGUGGGGUAGGGGUUGGUGUACUACCAAGGAGCUCAUAUACAUGAAUCUUUAUUGGGGUGCAGUAGUGCAGGACAUAUGAACCUCUUCUGUUACUCCAAUGUGCAAGCAUCAGGGUGGGGUAGGGGUUAGUGUACUACCAAGGAGCUCAUAUACAUGAAUCUUUAUUGGGGUGCAGUAGUGCACGACAUAUGAACCUCCUCUGUUACUCCAAUGUGAAAGCACCAGGGUGGGGUAGAACAACAAUAAAUAAUAAUAAUAAAUAAUUAAUUCCAUUGUUUUCUUUUGAAUUACUUUGUCAAGGUUACUCAAGGUUACUCGUAUACCACUUGCAUGAUUUACCACUCACAUAAUAUACCACCUGUAUAAUAUACCACUCGUAUACCACUUGCAUGAUAUACCACUCACCUAAUAUACCACCUGUAUAAUAUACCACUCGUAUACCACUUGCAUGAUAUACCACUCACCUAAUAUACCACCUGUAUAAUAUACCACUUGCAUGAUAUGCCACUCACAUAAUAUACCACCUGUAUAAUAUACCACUCGUAUACCACUUAAAUAGUUAAUGUUCAAUGCUGAGAGAUGAUUCAAACACCUUGACAGACAGAUGUACUAAUAAGGAAUAUUUCUCACAAUUUAAAUCAAGUAAAAAUUAUAGAGUGCUUUUCAAAAACCUGUGAAAUACACUUUAGUGUAUAACACUUCAAUACACUUUAUUGUCCGCAUUUUCUUUUGAUUUUCUAUUUGGUUUUCAUUGUAUUACAAUUUAUUACACCUUAGUUAUUACACUUUGUUUCACAGGUUUUUGAAAACCACUCUAAUUUGUAUUAUCAAAUUUAUGAAUAUUUGCACGACAAGCUUUUGUUAUAUGAAGCUAUGUUGGGCCAGAACAUUAUAAUUCCAGUUCACAAUGCAAAUGUAUAUUUAGGAAUAUUAAAUAAGAAAAAUGAACAAUUCUUCAGAUAAAUGCAUGUUUGAAAAAAGUUAUUGUAUUGAGGUUUUUGAAGUUUGGAUUGAAAGUUUAAAAUAAAGAUGUUUUCAUUGUU